AUGACCCUUCCAUCGUUAUCCGCAGAAUUGUACGCACUCCACGACGCCAAAGACUACGCUGGCUGUCUCAAGCUCCUUUCCCCCAUCAAAAUCGAGUUGAUCAAGCACAAUUUGCUUGUUCCAUUGCCAUCCAACACAUCCAGCGAAGAACAGCUCAAUGACCUCAAAAUCGCCGAGAGAAUCUUGGAGAUCGGAUGCUACUCGCUGCUCUUCAUCAGCGACUACGACUCGUUCGAGUCCAAUUUCUCCCAGUUGCGUCCCUUCUAUUCUUGUAGACAGUUGCACCAAAACCAUGAACAUACCACCGAGGCCACCAAGAUCAUCUCUCUUUAUUUGAUCUACUUGCUUCUGCAGGGCCGUAUUAGUAGAUUCCAUGUCGAAUUGGAGUAUAUCGUCAAUACCGACACGUUUGAUGUGGAUAAGGAUAAAUACUUGCAGUACCCAAUUGAGUUGGAGAAGAACUUGAUGGAGGGCAACUAUAUCCAGGUAUGGCGCCUGUUGCAGAACGACGCCUCGCUCCCGUGUCCUGAGUUCGGACACUUCAAGGAUACGUUGGUGAACACCUUGCGGUAUGAGAUUGCCAAGUCGCUUGAGAAAACCAACAAGAAGAUCCCUGUGCUGAACUGUAAAACGUUGUUGUACUUCCCGCAGGAACAGUCGGACCUGGCUUUUGAGCAGGUGUUGAAGCUGCAGCUUGAUGUUUCCGGAUGGGAGUUCCGCGAUGGUUUCAUCCACUUUGACAUUGAACACAAGAAUGAUUCGAUUUCCGAUAACUCGGCGAUCAUCAAGAACGUGUUGUGUUACGCGGAGCUGAUUGAGUCGAUCGUUUGA